UGCCGCACACUAAUGCCACUUCGUCAUUUUUUCAGUCGCCAUUGUUCUCGUUCUCGGCCGUCGAAUUUGUGGAAAUAAACGUAUUUCCCUUUGAAAUUCGCUGCAAUAAAUAGAAAAACGAGCCACCAAGCCCAACACUAACAGAGUGCGUGUCGUUUUGAAGUAAUUCGGAGCGCGCAAGUCGAGUGAAAACAGUGACAACACCGUCAGCCAGUCCACACACAGCCAGAAAUCGAAUAUUUGUUCGUGGCAAAUAUAUAAUCUUGUGAAAAAGCCAGAAAAUGUCAUCUGUGAAUCCGGAAUACGAUUAUCUCUUUAAACUGCUGCUUAUUGGUGAUUCGGGCGUUGGAAAGUCCUGUCUGCUGCUGCGAUUUGCCGAUGACACAUAUACAGAAAGCUAUAUCAGCACAAUUGGUGUGGACUUUAAAAUAAGGACCAUAGAGUUGGACGGCAAGACCAUUAAACUGCAAAUUUGGGACACUGCUGGCCAGGAGCGCUUCCGGACCAUCACGUCGUCAUACUAUCGAGGCGCGCAUGGCAUCAUCGUUGUAUACGAUUGCACGGACCAGGAGUCCUUCAACAAUGUGAAGCAGUGGCUGGAGGAGAUCGAGCGGUAUGCCUGCGAGAACGUUAACAAGCUGCUGGUGGGCAACAAGAGCGAUUUGACCACCAAGAAGGUCGUUGAGCAUACCACAGCUGCGGAGUACGCUGCUCAGUUAGGCAUUCCAUUCCUUGAAACUUCGGCCAAGAGCGCUACCAACGUGGAGCAGGCCUUCAUGACGAUGGCGGCCGAGAUCAAGAAUCGCGUCGGACCGCCGUCCAGCGCCACCGAUAAUGCUAGCAAAGUGAAAAUCGAUCAAGGACGUCCAGUGGAAAACACCAAAUCCGGUUGCUGCUGAAUAACUCUGAUUGUGAAUCAUUAUUUUAUUAUACAAUUAAACAAAAUUUAAAUAUAAUAAAUUAAAAC